AUGCAUGUGGGCCUGGUAUGCAUCGGAGAUAGUGACGAGGGAAAAUAUCACGUCAACUGGGAAGACCCGAACAUCGGCGACAAGCAGCGCAAAUUCAAGCGCGAGGAGCCUUUGGAUGAUGCUUGGUUUGAGGAUGAGGAGCUAGCUGAAGCUGGCUUCGGUGCGGAUGAGAAUCCUGAUGAGGAAUACGUAGAGCGACGCAUGCCCCGACGACGCGCGCCAGAGCGGCCGCGACGCCCACGUACACGUUACCUCGAAGGCGCAUCGCCGGAUUCUCAAGCUGCUCCGCAAGCAACUGAUUUAGCUGACGCACCUGCAAAGCGUACUCGCCGCGAGAGGAGGGAGCCGUGGCGGCCCCCGGUCUUCCGGCCCACAGCACGCCGCGGACGCGAUGUCCGUGAGCGCGAUGACCGGGUUGGCAGGCGGGACCGGGUCGAGGAGCGGUCUGACAAGGGACGGGGCAGGCCAGAGCGCCAGCCACGGCAGCAGUUGCGGAAGAUUAAGCUGGAGCCCCCGGUUCGACCUGUGAAUCUGGAGGCGAUGGCGGCCAAGGGACUCCCGAAGAUGAACCUUUACCAGCUAGAGCCGUAUGACUUUGACUAUUAUGUCAUUCGAGAACUCGGUCAGGCAAAGCAGGUUGCCAAACAGCUGCGAGAGUGGAUCUACGAGAAGGGAUGCCAGGACUUCAUGAAGAUUCCCAGCAUUGCGAUGGGUGUGCGCCACUCCCUUGUCAAGCUGGCUUCAGCAGGUGCGGAUGAUUGGAAAAUCAUCGCUGAGCAAGAGUCCAAUGACGGCACUGUGAAG